GACGAGAGGAGCGAUGCAAUCCCCCCCCCCUUUGAAUGGGGGGGGGGCCUCAAAGGGCAGACGUGUAGGUAUUCGAGGCAGACGAUGAUGCAUAAGAAGAUGAGUGCAUUUGCGUAGGACGGCAGGCACUGAAGUCAGAUGGAGCUUGCAGAGGGAGACUGCGCGCUGUCAUGAUGGGGCCCGGGGGCUGCCAUGGGGGCGUCUUGUUUUUGAAGUGAAAAUCAAGGGGGGGGGAGGAAGACACAAUGCCGAUUCGCAUGCCGCCGUUCACUCGCCGCGAGCUCCGCCAAAGCUCGCCGCCAUCCUCUUCGAUCAGCAUGAAGGGAGGGCAUGUGCGACUCAGCGAGAAGCCAGCCAGGGACACGAAUGCAUCUUGAGAGGGAAUGAUCCACUGCUGCGACUCCUUCCUGUCAUCUCCGGUCGUGCCGAAGAGCCAAAAUGACUUGUCGGCAAAGUCGGUCUCCGCGUCCUUGGUAGGCGUGUUCUUCGGGUUCGUCUUGCACUGGUAGCCGUAGAUCUUCACGACCGUGCCGUCUUCGACAAUGAAGAUGAAGAAAUCGUACUUGGGGAAGCUGGCGCGAACGGGCUUCACGAAGAAAGCCGCACGGUCAUUCUUGAGAGCUCUGGUUGGGUUGGCCAACCACAGCAGAAACUUCUCGCGAAGGCGCUCGUAGUCGGCGGAGAAGCCGUCCUCCUUGAUGAUGUCCUCCUUAGUGGGCCGGAAAACGCCGCCAAAUCGGCAUCCCUACCAAACAGCAAAGUACAUAUGUUUACAUACCCACACACAGAAGUGUCGCACUUAUUAUCCAUCCUCCUUUCAUCCAUACCUGGAGCACGGCCUCUGGUAGAAGCUCCUUCGCGUCAGGAGUGAGCUGGCCUUGUCUGAUCGCGAUGCUGCGAUCCCACAGGAGAUGACUCUCGAGCAGCCGCUGCAUGAAAGCUGCAGCGCAGACCCCCUCCCACUCCUUCCCCGAGUCCUGUUCGGCCUCAAUCAGCUGCCGCAAGCAGUCGACGAAGAAGAGCAUCCCCUCGGCGACAUCUUGAUCCAGGUCACGUGUCGAACGCUCAAGCGCCUCGUAGGCUUCAACCAGGUAGCAGGGUGACCAGACGUAUACUGACUCACCCUCGUCCUUUGAGAUGAAGCCGUCGAGACACUGCGCCCAAUCCCCUAGCUCACGCACCAUAGUCAUCAUUCCCGUUCCCGUGAUGGCUGUCGAGAUGACGGCGCUCAGAGAUUUCUUGUCGCGGGGUGGGCCACUGAGGGCGCUGAAGCGCCCUUCGACAGCUCUGCGGACAUUUCUUCUCUUGGUGUUGUAGACCGUGUGGACCAGGGCAGGCGCCAGGCCCAGGAAACAGAGCGCCCCCUUGUGUGCCUCCGAGGUGAGCUUCUGCGCCUCUUCUGUGCUGGUGAUCACGGGAAGACGAGGCCGAAUGACGUCGCGAUCACUCGGAGACGUAAUGAAUGUCGACAGUUUGCCGCCCGUCGUCGUGGUGUGACUGGUAAAGAUGAGAUAUCUGUUGGCCUUGUCGAUGAACUUGUCUUUGAGAAAGGUGGCCAGCUUGGUCUCGUCGGUACCUCCUUGAAUACUGUCGGUAAUGAGCU